AAUCGUAUAAUUACGCGAUUGUCGAUGCAUAAAGGCAUUAGAAACUACGAAAUGCAAAAUGACCGGCUUUCACUGAGGUUUCGCCGUCUCCUCGAGUUGAUUGUUUGCCGAUCAACUUCGCUCCAUAUUUUCUUUCUUCCCUUCAAAAAUUAUGCGCAUCCUUUCUCAAACGACGAGUAAUAUAUUUAAAUAAUACUCGUGAUAAUUUUCAAAAUAUCGAUGAUCUUGUAGUUAACAUAAAUGUAUCGCGAAACGAAAAAGGUAGGCGGAAAGGCAGAUGUACGAUUCGAAACAAGAAUUUCACGAUUAUGUCAGCAAUUGAUAACGCGCCCGUUUUAUACAUGGAAGAGUACAUACGGUCGCGGCUUUUUAUUUCUUCCCGUUACUGUGUCAACGAAAUGCAGCGAUAAUGGAACAACAUACGCUUCGGAUAUAGAUUGCAUAAACAUUGCAUUGCAAUCGUAUUAGAACGAAUAACUUGACAUGUUUUUCUAUCGUUUUCUUUAUCUAUUCAUGUUUAAAAAUCUUUCAGAAGAGUAUAGCACAGUUUUUCUCCAUUUCAUUUUAACUUCUGUCUAAUGUAAGUAAUUCAUCCGUACUGACAGAUCUUAAUUAGUCUACGUCGACUCUAACUCGUUAGUAUUCUUUUCAAUCAUCGCUGCAGGAAUAAUGAUAUCGCGUUGCGAUACCACAUUCGUCAUCGCAUUAUUGAGAUACGCUCGAGCGAAAUGAAAUGUAUGCAAAUAUUGUAGCAAAACAUUGACAAUAAUUACAAGGCUGCUCGUAACAAUAAACGAAACCAUAUCUGUUUCGCGAUAACUGCAAAUAAUACAUCAGGUAUCGCGUGUCAAUAAGUGACCAAGAAAAAGAAAAAAAAAAAAAAGAAAAGCAAGAAACCAUCUGUUCAUUGCACAAGUGUCUUUCCGACGGAAUUACAAUUUACAACGAAACGAGCAGCUUUCUUUCCUCGCUCUUCAAAACGAGAAACAUAGUUACCGUUUGAGAACUAGGCCACCGGAUGAAACGAAAUCGUGGCUGUAUAAUUUCUAACUCAUUCUCUGUCGGGAGCACCCUGUACAUGGAAACAUCGAUAUCGUCUAUCUGUCACAUGUACGUGACAUAGGAGACAAUGUUAGCUGGCAGCUAGAAUCGUUUAGGUCCACAGCAAAAUAGUAACGACGUCGAUGACUAUGAGAUGCGUCCAGUCGAACGCGUUCGCUUCGCCAAGUGUCUGUCGUUUUACAUCAUACAUACUUUGCCGAUGAGCGAAACGAUCGAUCGUUGGAAAACGAAGAAGAUCGAUGAAAACGUGAGAAGAUAUUGAAUACUAACCGAGCGCGCGACAUUGCGCCGGUCUCUAUUUGCGACCAUUGAUUCGGAUUCAAGUGGAAGAUAAAUGUCGAUCCGCUGUAACGAAGAGAUAGCAAAUCGGCACACAUUUUUUUCGUCUUUUUUUCCCAACGCGUGCGAGGACGACGCGUGUCGUUAUCGUAGCAUAGAUAACGAGAACAGUCGCGUUCAGGUACCAUUCGGUGCCGAUUGCAGAAGUAACGUUUAGAUUUACGGUAAUCGCGAAUAUAGACGAGUUCUCCUCAAGAAUGGACCAAAGAUUCUCAUCGAAAGAAGAUCGAGCAGCUGGAUGUUGACUGAGAUCUUGAAGAUGAGACUUCUUAAAGCUGUAUUCUUCGGGAUUCUUCUGUGCCGCGAAUGGGAAGAUUCCGAAAGCGCGGAGACGAAGAUCCUCAGGCUGUGCGUUUCUCAAAAUACCUGUGAAAAUUGUCUGCAAGCCAGUUUCUCCUGCUCGUGGUGCAGUGACUGGUCUUACUCGAAUUCAACUGUUGGAAGAUCACGAUGCAACGCACCGGAAAGGUUGAAAGCAUUCGGCUGCCCUUCGGAUGAAAUUCGCAGCAAUUCUCUAGGAUCGAUGGACAUCCUGGAGAACUCGGACUUUCAGGACGUGUUGGAAGCAGGACGAACGCCGAUCCAGUUGAGGCCCCAAAGAGUAAAAGUCAAAAUUCAGUCCCAUUCCAAGACCGAGAUUCCGAUCCGUUAUCGGGUAGCCAAAAAUUACCCGUUGGACUUGUACUACCUGAUGGACCUGACGUGGUCGAUGAAGGACGACAAAGAGACCCUGGCCAGUUUAGGACUAGACAUGAGUCGAACGUUCGGCACGUUCACCAAGAAUUUUCGCCUAGGCUUUGGCAGCUACGCCGACAAACCCCUGAUGCCGUACAUAUUUCCAGGACACGAGGAUAAUCCUUGCAAGAGCGAGCACGCUGUUUGCUCACCCCUUUACGACUUUCAACACCACCUGGAACUGACUCACGAUAUUCAACGGUUUAUCAAAGAAGUAAAUGAAAGCCGUGUAACUGGAAACGUGGACAACUUGGAGGGUGCGUUGGACGGAGUUGUGCAGUCGAUCCUUUGCAAGGAACAAGUUGGCUGGGUGCAGCAUGCACGUAAGAUCAUCCUGGUAGCGACCGAUGGAUACCUGCAUUUUGCUGGCGAAGGAAAGCUAGGCGGUGCUGUGACGCGACAGGACUUCAAGUGUCACCUCGAUGAGCGUGGCCAAUACUCUCUGGCCACCAAGUACGAUUACUGCUCUUUGGGAGAGCUGUCUAGGCUGUUACAGGAGCACAAAAUCAACUUGAUAUUCGCUGUGACCGAGGAUCGGCGUAGCGAGUACGAAUCAACGGUCGCGUUGCUGAAAGAAAAAGCAAGGGUUGCUACUUUGACCAGCGACAGUUCGAAUAUACUAGAAAUCAUUAAAAGUGCUUACCAUCAAAUCACCUCGAAGGUGAUCUUACGCGACAAUUCCUCGUAUCCACUGCGAAUUGAAUAUUUUUCUAAUUGCGGCAACGCGAACGUACCGGAAUGGAACACCUCCGAGUGCGAGGAUAUAGAGGAAGGCCAGGUGUACGACUUCAAGGUUGUUCUGUCGAUUGACAAGUGUCCAAGAAACGAGAGUCUAUGGAAACAAACAAUCGUGAUCGAGGAUGCGCUAGCCUCUGAAGUGUCUCAAGUGGUAGUCGAAGUUGAGCUGGCAUGCGGUUGCAAUUGCAAGGACUCCGAAGACUCUCCCUGCGAACACGGAACAGACGAGUGCGGUAUUUGCAAGUGCCACAACGGUUGGUCUGGCGAGAAAUGCGAUUGCGACGAAAGUUCGCCGAUGGAGAACAGAUUGCAAUGUAUCGCCGCUAACUCGACGAAACUUUGCUCCGACAGGGGCGAAUGCAUUUGCGGCAGCUGCCUUUGCGACGAGGGCUACACGGGACAAUUUUGCGAAUGCUCAGGAUGCGACAAGAUCGAUGGUAUAGAAUGCUCGAACAAAGGAAUUUGUAAAUGUGGUGUCUGCCAUUGCAUCGAAGGCUGGCAAGGGAAUGCCUGUCAGUGUCCAUCGACCGAUGAUCCCUGCGUGGCACCAGGAAGCAAGGAAGUCUGUGCUGGUCACGGCUACUGCGAUUGCGGAGAAUGUCGAUGUAAUGUUACAGCGACAGACGGUUCUUAUUAUCGCGGCACUUACUGCGAAUCGUCGAUCAGCGCGGGUGGUAGUGCUCUCUGCAUUCUUUACAAUCCUUGCGUGAAUGCCACCAUCGAAGAUCCUCAGAAUGCGGACGAAUUUUGCCGGACUAACGAAACCUCUUACGAAACCAAACUAAUCGACUCUGUUGACAAAGGAAACGAACACUAUUGUGUUGUAAAAACGAAAAAAGAUCAAACGGUCUGUAUCAUACCGUACGUAUACGAGUUCCAGCAAAACAAUGUUGUUUCUUUAAAAAUCGAAAGCAAGUAUUGCAGUACUCCGAUACAUACAGCAGUCAUUUCAUCUGUGAUCAUCUUUGUAAUAUUAUUUAUUGGAAUCAUUUGUUUACUGAUUUGGAAGUGUUGGACUUCCAUAAAAGACAAAAGAGAAUACGAGAAGUUCAUACAGGAACAAAAGAAAACUGUGUUUAGUUUGAGCGAAAAUCCUCUGUUUAGGCCUGCGACGUCUCGAUUUAGGGUACCCUCCAUAUACAAAGAGGAUUAAUCGAGAACAAUUAGGCUACAAAAGUGCAUUCAUUGAAUUAAUUCAGUUCGCCUUCACCGAAAGAGUCGGUAGAAUACGUGGUGCUUUGAUCAGAUAAUAGAUCACGCCAGAAAUGAUUUCCAGGAGAAAAAGAAAUCGCCUGUAAUUACGAUUGCAAUGUUAAUCUUACAUCAUAA